AUGGCGAGGAAGCUGCUCGACAAUGGCGCUGAGGUCAACGCGCAGGGUGGAGACUACGGCAACGCACUGCAGGCAGCUUCAGCUGGAGGCCACGAGCAGGUAGUCAAGAUGCUGCUCGACGCGGACGCUGAGGUCAACGCGCAGGGUGGACACUACGGCAACGCACUGCAGGCAGCUUCAUAUAGAGGCCACGAGCAGAUAGUCAAGAUGCUGCUCGAUGCGGGCGCCGAUGUUAACGCGCAGGGUGGAUUCUACGGCAACGCACUGCAGGCAGCUUCAGCUGGAGGCCACGAGCAGAUAGUCAAGACGCUGCUUAACGCGGGCGCCGAGGUCAACGCGCAGGGUGGAUACUUCGGCAACGCACUGCAGGCAGCUUCAGCUGGAGGCCACGAGCAGGUAGUCAAGAUGCUGCUCGAUGCGGGCGCCGAUGUUAACGCGCAGGGUGGAUUCUACGGCAACGCACUGCAGGCAGCUUCAUAUAGAGGCCACGAGCAGAUAGUCAAGACGCUGCUCAACGCGGGCGCCGAUAUUAACGCGCAGGGUGGAGACUACAGCAACGCACUGCAGGCAGCUUCAGAAGGAGGCCACGAGCAGAUAGUCAAGACGCUGCUCAACGCGGGCGCCGAGGUCAACGCGCAGGGUGGAUACUUCGGCAACGCACUGCAGGCAGCUUCAGCUGGAGGCCACGAGCAGAUAGUCAAGACGCUGCUUGACGCGGGCGCCGAGGUCAACGCGCAGGGUGGAUACUUCGGCAACGCACUGCAGGCAGCUUCAGCUGGAGGCCACGAGCAGAUAGUCAAGAUGCUGCUCGAUGCGGGCGCCGAUGUUAACGCGCAGGGUGGAUUCUACGGCAACGCACUGCAGGCAGCUUCAGAAGGAGGCCACGAGCAGAUAGUCAAGACGCUGCUCGAUGCAGGUGCGCAUCAACACCUAGAGGAUAAUCUUGCGUUAAGGCCCGAAUAG